ACGUCUGUCAGCCAAGCGCAACAGGCGAGAGCUAUUUAGAGAGCGGGCCAAUCUAUUGCUCUGGCAACGGUACUGCUAGCGAACGUCACCCACCCUCACAGUUUUGACAGGAGCGGGAGGAGGGAAAGGGUACAUCCAAAAGUUAUACUUCCAUCGAAAUGGCUGGAACACGGGGCGGUAGAUCCCGAGGAAAUCGUGUGGAUGAUGUGGAAAUGCGCCGACUUCGCAGUGAUUUAGAUCGGAACUUCAAACCGAUCUUUGACAGACAUGGGCCGGAGGGUGUGGCGAUGGGGGAGCUGCAGCGAGAGAUGCAGGAGGAGGGCAUCACAGACAGGAUCAGCAAGCAGCGACUGAACCAGCUGCUGGACCGAGCCGACUACAACGAUGACAACAUGAUCACAUACACCGAGUUCGUCAAUCUUAUGACCAGCAAUGAGGGUCUGACAAAGUCUGAGAGGUCGGCUUUCACAAGCGUCCUUGGGGCAGCCAUUGCCAACAUCGUGCCCCAGAGUAUGAGGAAGGACUUCCUCGCCAACUACAACUGCCGGCCACCACCACUCUUCAUCCUCCUCAUCAGCACCGCCGAGAUUGUGAUAUUUGGUGUUUACGCUGCGGAGUUGGCCAAGACAAGUAGUCCUGUGACUGCCACGAGUGGAGUGCCCAUGUACAGUCCCCUCGUGUACACACCGCGGCGCAGAUACGAGGCCUGGAGAUAUCUCACAUACAUGUUUAUACAUCAAGGAUGGCUGCAUAUUGUAUCGAACAUGGUGUUCCAGCUGUUGUUUGGCCUGCCGCUGGAGAUUGUACACAAGUGGUGGAGAGUCAUGGUGGUGUACUUGUGUGGUGUUCUAGCAGGUUCCCUGGCCCACUCUGUGACAGACCAUUCCGUGGCGCUGGUGGGAGCUAGUGGAGGGGUGUACGCUCUCUUGGGGGCUCAUUUAGCUGCAGUAGCUACGAACUGGAAGGAGAUGAACUACAAGUGCUGUGAGGGGAACAUUGUGCGUGUGAUGCUGAGUGCGCCGGUCCGACUCGUCAUCAUCCUGGUGCUUGUUGUGCCAGAUACCAGUCUUGCCAUCUACAGACGAGUCACAGCACCAGAGGACCAGAAGGUGGGAGUGUCUGCUCAUGUUGGAGGCUUCCUCACAGGUCUGUUGCUUGGAAUUCCUGUCCUGAAGAACAUCAAGAAGCUGCCCUGGGAGACCACCCUCGGGUGGGUCACAAUGGCCAUAUUCCUGCUGCUCGUGGCUUUUGCCGUUCUCUUCAAUGGUCUUUACAAAGGCUACCCAGCUACAGAUUGGAGUUAAGUUUGCUCACAGAGGCCGUGUGCAAUUUGAACAUUUUAGAUUUUAUACGACAUUUUGCAUAAUUGUACAUACCCAUAAUAUUUUAUACAUUUUUAAACAUAUCCCUUUACUUUCACCACUUUCUCAGGAUGUGUUUUUGAGAGCUAAUGUGCAUGUCUCAUCACUGUUAUAUUCCUCCCUGUAUAUGUCAUGUGUGCCUUACCUUAAACUUGUCUAAGAUCUGAAUCAAAACUUCCAAGAUGAGAUAAAAUUAUUACAUCUUGUGAUUUCGUGGCAUAUGUGACAUAGAGAAUGUUAUAGACCUAUUUCUUGGUUUUUUCCGAAUGUAAUACCAAGGUAAUCAUUUCUAUAUAUGGAGACCCAUGUUUAGUAUGGUGUGUGGUAUGUUGCCUCGACAAACUUAAUGGAGUACGUGUCAAAUUUCACCACACCGAUGUCACAGGGUUCCACAGAUCAGGAAUACAGUAAAUGUUUUUCUAACAUUUCUUUUUAGCUGGUUCACAGUUUAAUUUCUGAUUUCAAAGCACUGUUGAUGAAAGUAUAAACGAAAAACAUGUCUUUUGAGUUAUCUGUGAAAAGUAUGCAGAUUUUGGUAAAAUAAAAUAAAUGGAACGAAAGAGGCAUACAGCAUGGAGAGUGAAUGAGUGAAAGAGUUCCUUCCCUUUUCCUAGGAUUUCCUUUGAAGAGUUAUAGCAUGUGACAUCCUGUUGAAAUCAAAUGCCAAGCCAUAUUAAGACAAUUGUUGAACAGUUAUUCUAUUUUCUUAACUAUAAUGUUAUGCAAAACCUUGGUGUGUUGAUGUUGUGUUUGCAAUAGAUGCAUAAUAUUUAUUGUUUUUAUGAUCACUGUGAAGGAUGACAGUGAUGGAAUGUAGAUUUCUCGGUUGAUGCUCAGUUUGUUUCAGGACAAUCCUUGUGUUUUAUAUCAGUAUUGAAGAAUGUAGAACUGAUUUGUAUGCAUUUAGGAUUGGAAAUAAGUAAAGGGAUGGAAAAAUCAUGAUUUGCAUUAUCAGGUAUUUUUACUGUAGUGGAUUUUGAUGAUGAUGCAGAGGUCAAGUAGUGACUCAGAGGUCAAGUAGUAACACAGAGGUCAAGUGACACAGAGGUAAAUAAUCCACAGGUCAAGUAGUGACUCAGAGGUCAAGUAUUUAAAGAGGUCAAGUAGUAACAGAGGUCAAGUAGUAACACAGGUCAAGUAGAAACACAGGUCAAGUAGUAACACAGGUCAAGUAGUAACAGAGGUCAAGUAGUAAAAGGUCAAGGAGUAACACAGAGGUCAAAAUCCACAGGUCAAGUAGUGACACAGAGGUCAAGUGACACAGAGGUCAAGUGACACAGAGGUAAAUAAUCCACAGGUCAAGUAGUGACUCAGAGGUCAAGUAUUUAAAGAGGUCAAGUAGUAACAGAGGUCAAGUAGUAACACAGGUCAAGUAGUAACACAGGUCAAGUAGUAACAGAGGUCAAGUAGUAACAGAGGUCAAGGAGUGACACAGAGGUCAAGUAGUAACAGAGGUCAAGUAGUAAAAGAGGUCAAGGAGUAACACAGAGGUCAAGUGACACAGAGGUCAAUAAUCCACAGGUCAAGUAGUGACACAGAGGUCAAGUGACACAGAGGUCAAUAAUCCACAGGUCAAGUAGUGACACAGAGGUCAAGUGACACAGAGGUCAAUAAUCCACAGGUCAAGUAGUGACACAGAGGUCAAGUGACACAGAGGUCAAUAAUCCACAGGUCAAGUAGUGACACAGAGGUCAAGUGACACAGAGGUCAAUAAUCCACAGGUCAUGUAGUGACACAGAGGUCAAGUGACACAGAGGUCAAUAAUCCACAGGUCAUGUAGUGACAAAAAGGUCAAGAGGUAACAGGACACAUACUUUCAAAGAGGUCAAGUUGUGAAGGUCAAGUAAUGACACAGAGGUCACUGACACAAUCAGAAGUCAAGGCAACACUAAGACGUCCCGGAAGACUGUUGGAGUCAAUGUUAGACAGGUAUUUUCAAGAAAUGGGGAAAUAAGUCUUGAGUUGAUAAUUGUUGAUAUACCAAGACGGGAUUAUAAGAUGUUUUUGUUUCUAAUUUGUUCUCAUAUGACAAUACUUUAUGAUCAACUCAGAGGUAAUGAAGUUAAAGUUUCAUUAACUAGCUGGCCAUGUGUCGAACACUCUGUUUGGUUGUAGUGUAGUCAGAUGGACCCUCUGAAGUGGUCGGAAGUCCGGUGAUGUUGAAGUAAAUUGUUGAACAUGUUUGCUGGACUGUACUUGCAGUUUCAAGUCUGUUUGAUGUUUUGCCUGAAAAACUCAUUUAGACUCAAUAUAUUUGUAUAAUUAUUUUCUAUAGUUUUGUAGUGACCGAGACCUUAUACACUGUCAGUGUAACUGUGUAUUACUUAAACGAUCUGAUGUAGUAUUAUGAGAUAGCUUGAUAUUUUCUCUGUACUCAGUGUUGAACAUGUGUAUCUGGUAUUUUGGUGUGAACAAGUUACUUAAACAGUAGGAGGCAUGAAAGAAGUUUGUAAUCUGUUGGAAAAAUGUAUUUCUUUUGGUAUAUUUUUAAAUGAAAAGCAUGCGUGUAAAUGUAGCCCAUUUCUGAUGUGAACAACAGCAGAAGUUCUGAUAAUUCACUGUUCAUGUUUUGUCAUUAAAAGGUUGACGCUAUGCAAGUGACAGUAUCAUAUAACAGCAUUAUCAGAUAGUAAGAGGCCCCUCACCAGAUUGAAACAAUGAGUUUUGCCUUUUCAAAGCCAUUUCUGGUACAUUGCUUUCUACAACGGAAAGCUCUAACUUUCUAACAGCUAAUGGCUGUUGUGAUGCUGAAAAGGUUUUAGUUCCAUUCUCUCAUGGUGUAAGAUAUCGAUUUGUCACUUGUCAUCGAACUUCCACCAUUUUGCCAGUCAAAUUCUUGCCAUGUCAACCAUCAUAUUUGUUACGGAAUUAAUAAGCAUAUGUGACAUUUUUGUAUUUUCAUUAUAUAAUAUCCCACAUGAAACUGUUUCUUUCCCAACAUGACACCACUUUGUCUGCUUGUGUCUACCUAUUGAUAUUUGUAUUGUCAAAGGUGUUUUGAGAAUUUUACUAUUUUUCUACUACUUUUCUUUUUUUUAUCAUCUAUUAAGAGCACAUAAAUUUUGCUUUUUAAUAUGCAUAUGGUUGAGUUUCAUAAGGGUUAUGAAUAAAAAUGUAUGUUGUUACCUGUUUAGUUGAUACUUGUAUAUCUGUCAGCAUCCGAGAGACUGCCCUGAUUUGUGUGCACAUGCUUGAGUAGAAUAAGGGAUCAUUCACUCGUUCCAGUGUAAUUAUGUUUGUCUUAAUCAUAUCAAAGGUAAAUAAUUUGGGUAAAUGAGGGUGUUGGGCCAUGUAUGAAGUAGAAUGUUGUUUUUGAAAUGUAUAUUCAAGACAGAAAUACCCAUUACAAGCAGAGAUUUGAUGUAUGGGAAUAAUUCAUUCUACUACGGCCUGACGUUUGUCAUGCUGUUAUUUGAAUACAUGUUUUCCUUUCAAACAUGGUCGUACAGAUUCUAUAAGAUUUCCCUCAGUUGGAUUAUAAUAAAUUAUUAUGAAUUAUUGAAGGGUUUGUUUGUAGAGGGAGUGAACGAGUAUGGUUUUAUGCCGCUUUUAGCAAUAUUCCUGUAAGAUCACAGCAGGGAAGACCAGAGAAUGGGCUUCAUACAUUGUACCCAUGUGGGGAAUUGAACCCGGGUCUUUAUCAUGACAAGCGAACACUUUAACCACGAGGCUACCCCACUGCCACCUCUAAUGUAGAAUACAACGUCUUCAUGUUUAAAAAAAAAUAGUGACAUACAAAAAAAAUUUUAGAAUGUCAUGUCAAUUUGAAAAAAACAACAUGCUAAUUUAAUAAUAAUAUGUGAUGCUCAAAAUAAAGUUUAUUUAAUCAAGUGGUGUGUUUGUACAUAUUGCUUCCUGAUGCAAAAACAUGCUGAUUUUUAUUUAGUUUUAUUAAAUACGUUGUUGUACGGCACAAAGCAUGUGACAUUUAAACAGUGUGAUGUUGUGAAAGUUUUUGACUUGAACUAUAUCUAAUGGCAUGUACAUAUCCCAGUUGAAUUUCAUAAUUUUAUUUUAUUGUGUUAGCUGUUAUGUUUCAGUUUUUCUCUUUCAUCAUCAAUUUAUAAUAGGCAUGUCAUGACUGUUGUUUUGUAGUCAUGUUAUAGUGAAUGUAGAUGCCACGCAUGAUUGGUGUGUGACAACAAGUCAAGCAAUAUGUGAUUAUUGAUAACUUGCACUGUUUUUUGUAAGGAAUUAAAUCAAAUAUAUAACUCUU